GUGCAGCCGUCCGACUCCCACCUUCAUCCACAACGACAACCCAUCGCCUUUUCCGAACCACCAUGGUCUUCUCCCCAUGAUCAUCUCAAAAACAACUACUCCCAGGAUGCCGUCCACAAAGAAUGGGAAUGGAGACACCCAUUUCCACCAAAAGGUGAAGGGCUGGUUCACGCGCAACUCGGCCAAUCGCGACCGCGACACUACCACGCCCGGCACCCAGCAGCACCCUGGCCAAAGCGCUCCGCGCUCCGACACCAAGAGCACCUUCCGGCAGACCAAGUUUUGGACCGUCGGCCGACUGCGCAGCGCCACAACCGCCAGCGAGGGAAACCCGCUCGACAACGAGACCCUGAGCCCGACCGCCCUCGCAAACCCCUAUUUCGCCCAUCAGGGCCAGCCCGGCCUCCGCCACCAUAACGAUGGCUCUGUGCCUCCGAGCCCGCCAGACACCCCGUCCGUCCACGUGAACGCCCCCGACGGCGAAGCGCCCGAAACAGCCGCCACGGCCGCUCGCAAGGAAGAGCUCGCGAGGAAAUUGAGGAGAGUGGCCAGCGCGCCAAACGCUCAAGGCCUGUUCUCCAAGGGGCGCAAGGGCGGCAGCGACAGUGAUGGUGACGGGGAGCGGCCUGCCACGGCCGAGAUGGGCAAGGAACCGCUGGAGGAGAGCAAGGACUCCAACACGGUGGGCUUCGCUGACAGCGGCAGCGGGGGGCCCACGGCCGGUUCCGAGGGCGGCUUGGCGCCGCCCGACUCGGACAGCCUGGGCGCCCUGCCGCCGCCCAACCAGUCGGCACUUGCCUUCCGUAGGACGUACAGCUCCAACUCGAUCAAGGUCAGGAAUGUCGAGGUGGGGCCGCAGAGCUUCGACAAGAUCAAGUUGAUUGGCAAGGGGGACGUGGGCAAGGUGUACCUGGUGAGGGAAAAGAAGAGCAGCAGGUUAUAUGCCAUGAAGGUCCUGAGCAAGAAGGAGAUGAUCAAGCGGAACAAGAUCAAAAGGGCGCUGGCCGAGCAAGAGAUUCUGGCGACGAGCAACCACCCGUUCAUCGUGACGCUCUACCACUCGUUCCAGUCUGAGGACUACCUCUACCUCUGCAUGGAAUACUGCAGCGGCGGCGAGUUCUUCAGGGCCCUGCAGACGCGCCCAGGGAAGUGCAUAUCCGAGGACGACGCCCGCUUCUACGCGGCCGAGGUGACGGCGGCGCUGGAGUAUUUACAUCUGAUGGGUUUCAUUUACCGGGAUUUGAAGCCAGAAAACAUCCUCCUCCACCAGUCAGGGCACAUCAUGCUGUCGGACUUUGACCUCUCAAAGCAGUCGGACCCUGGCGGCAAGCCGACCAUGAUCAUUGGCAAGAACGGCACCAGCUCAAACUCGCUUCCGACCAUUGACACCAAGUCGUGUAUAGCCAACUUCCGGACCAAUUCGUUUGUGGGCACGGAGGAGUACAUCGCGCCCGAGGUGAUCAAGGGCAGCGGGCACACGAGCGCCGUUGACUGGUGGACGCUGGGCAUCCUCAUCUACGAGAUGCUGUACGGCACCACGCCGUUCAAGGGCAAGAACCGCAACGCGACGUUUGCCAACAUCCUUCGCGAGGACAUUCCGUUUCCCGACCACGCCGGCGCGCCCCAAAUAUCAAACCUCUGCAAAUCCCUCAUCCGCAAACUCCUCAUCAAAGAUGAAAACCGACGCCUCGGCGCCCGCGCGGGCGCGUCCGACAUCAAAUCGCACCCCUUCUUCCGCACCACGCAGUGGGCGCUAAUCCGGCACAUGAAGCCGCCCAUCAUCCCGCACCAGGGGCGAGGCAUCGACACGGUCAACUUCCGCAACGUCAAGGAGAGCGAGAGCGUCGAUAUCAGCGGGAGCCGGCCAUGGAACACCGCCGCCGCCGCCGCCGCCGGCGCAAAGGGCGUGCCGCUCGACAGCGGACUCGCGACGCCGGGGGCCGAGACGCCGGAUCCGUUUGAGGAGUUCAACAGUGUUACGUUGCAUCAUGACGGGGAGGACUGGGGGGCGAGCAGUGAUCGGGGGUAG